UUGGCCAUUCAAUUGUACGGUCUCAUUCUCUUGAAUUCGACUUCUCGGGGCCUAGCUCUCCAAUUACUCAUAGAGCCCUUCUUAACCACGGUCACGGCUAAGACUACCUCCCCUGCGUCCCUUAGUUCGGACCACCUUUUGCUCCGUCUAGUUCGUAUGGCUAGCCAUCCUCUCCUCCAUGGGCUUGCACUUGAUGCUCUUCUUGAAUUGAUGCAGCGUAUUGGCCGCCUUGGCUCAGCGGAAAUCACACAGGUCUGA